AACAUGUUAGCUAGCUCAUGGGACUGAAGCUUUUGAUGAAAUGUAAGCUGACGACACCGCUUUGCCCAGCGAUCCCAGUUUAGGGCCCGCAGCGAAAUGCCGAUCAGCGGCUUGUUGAUGCUCCAAGAGCGUCGACGAAGGCGGCUGCUGCUCGAGGCAGAGGCCCUGGCGCCGGCGGGCUACUGCGAGCCCAGUGUCAUUGGUGCACAAACCCAAGCAGUCGCCAUCCGCUUUGCAAACUUUCUUCGCACGAACCUGGAGGAAUGCCACGCCGAGCUUUCCGACGGGGAGGCUGACCGCAUGGUAAGGCGCUUGCUCGGGCUCGCCGUCUGGGGUGGUUACCGCGGGCACGCCGACUUGGCUGCUGCAGCACACAGCGCCGGCGGCACCGCGGUGCCCCCCCUGAUGGACCCGCGCUGUCAAGCCCUCGCCAUCCGGAUGCACGCCGCGCGGCCGCCGCGGCCGCCGCCGACGUCGACGACGUCAGCGACGCCUGAGGGCGCCGGCGGCGGCCCUGAUGCGAUUGUCGAGCUGCGGCCGCCAGCGGCAGCGACGCCGGCGGCGGCGCCGGGCGCGGGAAGCGCAGGCGGCCACGGCGGCGGCAACAGCUUCCCUCUGCCGCCUGGCAGCGCCAUGCUGCCCAUCGCCUCCCACCUCCAGUUCCACGGCCCCGCAGAAUGCUACACGUAUGGCACUUCACAGCACCCAUACCCGCACCCACACCAGGGUCAGCAGCCGUGGUCCGUCAACGUGAAUGAUGUCGUAAACCCACCUACCCCAUCACCAACCACACCAGCCCCAGCGCCAGCAGCUGCAACCUCAGCACCACCAUACACAGCCACACUUCCGCCGCCGCCGCCGACCGCGCCGCCGCCGUCGCUUGACGCGCCGGCGCUUGACGCCGAUCCCUGGGUGGUCCGCACCUGCGGCCGUGUGGUGAAGGAGCUCGGCGGCGCGAUCGCCGACCUGCGCGGCUCCCUGGAGUGCGCGCAGCACUGGGUGGCCACACACCUGCACUCCGCAGACGCCGUCGCGGCGAACAUGGCGGCGGUGCCGGCGGCGGCGCGCCGCGGCGCGCGCAAGGCCUCCGGCGGCGCCGGCGGCGCCGCCGCCGCCGCCGACGGCGUCGCCGUACCUGACGGCGGGGAGCGGCGGCAGCAGGGAGAGAGGGAAGGGGAGCGGUCGCAGGAGCAGCAGGAGCAGCAGCGGCGGCAGGAACUGCUGCAACAGGAGCUGGAUGAGGCUCCCUACCUGGAAGCGCUGCCGGCGCUGCGGCGGCUGCUGCGGGCGGCGGACCGGCGGUCGGAGGCGGCGGUGGCGCUGCUGACGCUGGCGGCGGAGGCGUUCGAGCAGGGGGAGAUCGCGAUGAACCCUGCCCUGGCCGCGGCGGCGGCGGAGAUGCAGGCGGCGGCAGCGGCGGGCAGAAGUGCGGGAACGAAGGAAGGGGGCGAGCGGGACGGGAGGAGGGAUAGGCGCGGCAGCAGCGGCGGGGACUCGCAGGACACGGUGGAUUACGCCACCCAAUGCAGCGACGGCGACCUGAAUCUGGAUUUAGACCUGGAUUCCGGCAGCCUUUUUGGUUUUGGAUCCGGACCUCCGUCAGAGGCCUCCAGCCACGACCUGGAGGAGGAGGAGGAGCACGUGCUCGGAUCCGGAUCCGAUGAGGUGGAGGACGAGGACGAGGCGGACGGCGAGGAGGCGACGGCGCGGGCAAAUGAGGAGCUGAUUUGGCGGCGUGUGCGUGCCGACUUGGAGACGCUGGUGGGGGAGCUCGGGAUCCAGGAUCCGGGUCCCGACCCCGCGGAUGCAGGUGUAGAUGCUUGCGUCGAAGGGAAGCAGCGGCAGUCGUGGAGGUGGAGCGAGCGGCGGUUGCAGCGGUUGGCGCAGUGCGCCGCCGCCUCCGUGGAAUUGUUGGAGAGGCAGCCGUUUGCUGCUGCUGCUACUGCCGCUUCUGCCACUGGUGGUGCUACUGCCGCUGCUGCUGGUAGUGCUACUGCCACUGCCGCCGGCAACAGCAGCCGCAACGGUGGCGGCGGCGGCAGUAGCGCCGCCGCCGCCGCCGCUGAUGGCGUGGAGGCAGCCAUGCGGCUCGUGACCUUCCGCUGCCUGUGGGAGAUGCCACCCCGGUCACGGCGGGGGCAGCAGCAGCCGGCUGUAGCACCAGCAGCUGCACCGGCAGUAGCAGCAGCAGUAGCAGGGGCGCCGCCAGCAGCAGCAGAAGCAGCGCACGCCACAGCCGGGACCGCCAGCGGUACCGGCGCGCGAGCGGCGCUGUUGUCGGAGGAGGUGGCGGCGCUGAGGCGGUGGAUGGCGCAGGAGGAGUCCAGCAUGGCACAUGUGUUUCGGACCUAUGUUACUAGGGCGCCGCCGGCGGUGGCCGCGGCGGCGGCGGCGCUGCUGCCGGCCCAGGCCCGGCCGCCUGCAGCCGCUAUGAGCCCUGGCUGUGGUGGUGAUUGGAGCGGCGGUGGAGAGGAUGGCGAGGGUUGCGGCGACGGCGGCGAGGAGGUGGAGGGGCCGGAGGGACUGCGGCUGUCGGUGGCGGCGGCGGAGGCGGCGCUGGAGGCGCUGGUGCCGGGGAUGCUGACGGCGGCGGUGGUGGAGGCGGCGGAGGGCUGGCCACGGCUGCUGCGGCUGGCGGCGGAGGAGGAGGCGGCGGGGGAGCGGCACGGCCGGGCACAGGAGUUGCUGUGCCGGGCGCUGCUGGGGCUGCUGCUGGUGGUGGGCUGCCUCAGCCACGUGCCGCCCGCCCGACUGGCGCGCCGGCCCCUGCUGGCGGCGGCGGCGGGGCGGGCCUACGCCGCCGCCGCCGCCGUACGGGACCUGGCGGGUGCCCGGGCGCCUGGUGGUGCUACUGCUGCUGCUGGUGCUGGUGGUGCUGGUGGUGGUGGUGGUGGUGGUGGUGCUACUGCUGGUGCCACUGGGGCUAGUGCGGUGGCAGGGGCGGCGGCGGCGGGGGCCUGCGGCCGGCGGGCCGCGGGCGAGCCGUGUCGGCACGCGCUGCUGCGCGCCGUGCUCACGUACGGGUGCCUGGACCUGCUGGCACCCGCACCGGCGGGGCUACAGCAGCAGCAGCAGCAGCAGCAGCAGCAGUAAGUCAUGGCGUGUGACUUAUUGCAUGCGCGCUGCAUCACAGUAUCAUGCAAGCCCUCGUGCUCUGUCUCCCUGUUUCUCGGUGUCUCCGUACUUGAUCGCGCUGAUGCAAACCCCGCAUGAAGAUCCCGCAAUGCUAUAAAUUUGCAACAUGUGACAUGGUGUAUUAACUAUAAUCGAAAGCCCCGCAAACUGUAUAUCCGCUCAAAGAUUACGCACUCACUCGCUCGCGGGUGCUUUCGCAACUUCGUAUUUAACUAAACGCUAUGAUACCGCUUACGAACAGAUAUACUCCAUCUUAACUAAGGCAUCUGCUCACGCUGGUGGCGAACCUUGCGAUCAUCCCGCCAAACUGGGCACUGCCGGCUUCACCGACUUUGGCACAUGGCUUCGCUAUACUCCUAUCGGGUUGUGGUGACGCGUGCUAGCGUGGCGACUCCGUCCGACGAUGCACUGGGCGCCGAUAGACCUGACCGUGCCCGCGUGUCUCGUUCCACGCUAAAGCCACCUGAUGAGGCCCUGGCAAGGCCGAAACGCGUCGUGGCGUGCCUUGCUCUUUACGUGUGUCCGGUGUCGCGUGGUGUACGUGUUGGGUCUCGUGUGCGUGUCGCGUUUCGUCUAUGUGGCGUGACGCUGUCACCUUGUACCGCCUCCCCAACCCACUCCGACUUUCCUGACUGACUGCUGAUGCACACCUCCGAACGAAAUGCGUGUUUCUUGCAUCCUGAAUGAUCCUUGAUACUGACUGGACUUCUACGGUGUGCACUUCAACUUCAACUUUUGCCCCACACUCAGAGCUUAUCACCAGCAGCAGACUCACCCCUCUUUGCAGUUGGUGUGCCACCCUGAACGAGGGAGCUUGGUGGUUGCAUCGAUGAGCGCGUAGGACUUCACGGGGCUUCCACCCCUGGUCCGAACGGGUUUUUCGCAUGGGCACUUGCACGCGCACCAGGGCAUAAGACUCCCUCACACCCCGUUUCCCCGAUCAACUUUCUACACGAGCAUGCAACACCAGGGUAUGCGGCCCAUGGCUGCUACCUUGCGUGUUUGCUGCAAUCUCCGUUUUGCACCAGCCUGAGCGCUCGGUUGCACUCUCCGGUAUUCAACUCUUCACCCCAUUGUGCAUCAUGGGGCCACUCCGUAACUCAACCAGUGCAAUGGUCGGCAAGUGUGUUAUGCCCGGCUUGCCUAUGUACCUGCACUUCGCACAGUGUGCUGGGUCGGCUUGCCUAUGAACCCGCAUUGUGCCUUCUUGCUACGUAACGGUUAUCAGUAUUCAUUAACGCUCUGGUAGUGGGUGGUGCUGUCUUGUCACGCGGCACCAUCCCUACCAACUCAGUUACUGUAACUGAAUUGGUGGUUGCCGUUUGACAGACGCACCGCGGGACCUCUGCGCAAUGGUGGGGUUGCGCAGCAGCAGCAGCAGCAGUAAGUCAUGGCGUGUGACUUAUUGCAUGCGCGCUGCAUCACAGUAUCAUGCAAGCCCUCGUGCUCUGUCUCCCUGUUUCUCGGUGUCUCCGUACUUGAUCGCGCUGAUGCAAACCCCGCAUGAAGAUCCCGCAAUGCUAUAAAUUUGCAACAUGUGACAUGGUGUAUUAACUAUAAUCGAAAGCC